AUGAUUUCAGAGACUGUGAGUGCAGUGCUCGAAUGCAAGUUACCACCCAAGCUAAAAGAUCUAAGGAGCUUUGUUAUCAACAUCACUAUUGGUAAAAAGAAAGAAGAAAGAGCGAUGUUGGACUUAGGUGCAAGUAUCAACCUCAUGCCAUAUUCCAUCUAUCAGCAGUUGGGAAUGGGAGAACUAAAACCUACAACAAUGACCUUGCAGUUGAUAGAUCGAUCAGUGAAAUAUCCAAGAGGUAUUGUUGAAGAUAUUUUAGUUCAAGUUUACAAACUAAUUGUUCUUGUUGAUUUUGUGGUGUUAGAUAUGGAGCAGACUCAGACCAUAGCAGGGAAGACUAAAGAUAAACUGGAGUUUGCUUUGACAGUAGAGGAUGGUGAGUUGAGUGACGAUGAGGCUAGGGAGUACGUGGUAGGGUUGGAUAGUGAGAUUGGGGACAUGUCUGAUGAGGAAUUGAGGAUGGCGAUUGAACAUAUUGAUGUCAAGUUAGUUUCUUCCAUUGAAUCCCCACCUAAGCUUGAGUUAAAACCCUUAACACCUACCCUUAAUUAUGCUUACUUAGGAAAUGAUCAAACCCUCCCUAUAAUUAUAACUUCAAACCUAACCAUAAAGGAGGAGGAGAAAUUACUUAAGGUGUUGAGUGAUCAUAAGACAACCAUAGGUUGGAUAAUAGCAGACAUCAAGGGAAUUAGCCCCACUAUGUGCAUGCAUAAAAUGUUGUUGGAGGAAGAUUCCAAACCAACUAGGGAAGCUCAAAGGAGGUUGAAUGCGCAUUUGCAAGAGGUGGUGAGAGUUGAGGUGUUGAAACCACUUGAUGUUGGGAUCAUUUAUCUUAUUUCAGACAACAAGUGGGUGAGUCCAGUUCAUGUGGUACCAAAGAAGUCGGGCAUUACUGUGAUUCCUAUUGCUCUAGAGGAUCAAGAGAAGAUGACAUUCACAUGUCCAUUUGAAACCUUUGAGUAUAAAAGGAUGCCCUUCGGAUUGUGCAAUGCUCCAGCGACGUUUCAAAGGUGUUUCUAUAGGCAGUUCAUAAAGGAUUUUUCUAAGAUUAGUAAGUCGUUGUGUAAUCUCUUGGCUAAAGAAACACAUUUUGAUUUCAAUGAUGAAUGCUUGACUGCUGUUAAUAUUUUGAAAGAUAAACUCACAUCUGCACCUAUUCUUAUGUCACCUGAUUGGUUACUUCCAUUUGAGUUGAUGUGUGGUGCUUCUGAUUUUGCAUUAGGGGCAGUUUUAAAACAGAGAGUAGGAAAAGUGCAUCAUGUUAUUCAAUAUGCGAGUCGUACUUUGAAUGAUGCACAUAUUAACUACUCAACCACUGAAAAAGAAUUCUUGGCUAUUGUGUUUGCUUUAGAAAAAUUCCGCUCGUAUUUGAUUGGUUCUAAAGUAAUUGUGUUUUCAGAUCAUGCUGCAUUAAGAUAUCUGUUGAGUAAAAAGGAUGCUAAGUCCAGGGAAAUUGAAGUCAAAAUGGAUUGGGCCAUUCAUAGUUUAAGAAGUGUUCCCUCAUGGAGCGGUGGAGAUAAAAAACUUGAAGACGAGAAACCGAUUCACAGUUAA